CAUGCCCAUCUUCCGACAGGGGGGGGGUUAGGUAUGCCCUUCUCUGACCCAGAUGCUCGGUACCGGAACAGGACUACCCAAUUCCACAAGGUUUGGAUCCAAGUGGGAAGAAGGCGAAGGGAAAGAGGGAAAAAAGAGGACGGGCAGAUAUUUGUAUGCUGAUCCUCCCUCGCCCUCCACUUCCCCCAUCCCCCCCGUUCCUAGCGUGUUGAUCACUUGAUAGAGAAGAGAGGCUGGUCUUGGUCUGACGAUGUUAUGAGCGAGCUGCUUUCCAAAUAAAGCGAUCUAACGUCAGUCGGCUCCGCCACUCCGUCCGCUCGCGCCCUCUUCGAUCUCAGUCCCUCCCCAGGCUCACCCGGCUGUUCGGCAAACACACGCAUCCCAUUCUCACCACAAGGUCACGCAUCGUGUGUCUGGCCGUCUCUGUCGACAAGUGUGCCCCCCGAACCCCGAUAUUUCAGCCUUACGGUUGGGUUCCCCCAAACCGACCGCGCUCAUACUGCAACCCAACCGGUCUGGAAGGAGUCUUAUUCCGGACUCGUCCGCCGCGCGAUGAGUGAGUCGUGGACGUACAACACCCCUCCGGGGACGGCGAGCACGGGAGCCCAGAUCACGAUCGUUGCCCUGGUCUUCACGGCACUGUCCUUGGUCAUCAUGCUCCUGCGGCUGUACGUUCGCGUCAUCAUGCUCAAGGCGGCCGGAGCAGAUGACUGGGUUAUCAUCGUGACAUGGAUUGCCGCUUGCGGUUUUGCGGUAGUUAGCACGAUCCGAACAAAAUGGGGUCUCGGACUCGAGAACAUCGAGGACAUGCCGAAGGAGAACCUGUACAACUUUGGUCUGCUGCAAUAUGCCGGCGCCCCAUUCUACAUCACCAGCAUCCUGGGCUUCAAGAUCAGCCUGCUCCUCUCUUACCUCCGUUUCAUCCCCAAGGGCGUCUACAGAUGGGCAACACUCAUCACCAUCGGCAUGUGCAUUGCGUACCACAUCGCUUUCCUCGUUGUCCAAGUGAACCUCUGCACGCCGAUCGCCAAGCAGUGGGACCCGACCAUCACGAACGGUUCCUGUAUCCCGGGAGUCCCCUUCUACACCAGCAUGGCCGCCUUGACAAUCGUCUUUGACAUUGUCGUCAUGUUCCUUCCCUUCCCCGUCCUCGCGUCCUCCAAGAUCCAGAAACGCAAGAAGUUCGUCCUCCUCGGCCUCUUCGGCCUCGGCGCCUUCAUCACCGUCAUCCAGAUCGUCCGCAUCCAGACGGUCCACGCCCUCGCCAACUACCUCGACUCGGCGCCCCUCAUCAUGUGGUCCGCGGUCGAGAACAACCUGGGCAUCAUCGUCUGCUGUGUGCCGACCCUCGCGCCCUUGGUCAAGUACUUCAACGAGAAGAGCAGGUCGGGCAGCCGGAGCAACAAGUACGGCGCCGCGAGCGGCUACGGCAGGACCGGCGGCGGCGGCGCCGGGCAGAGCGGCAAUGUGGGCAGCCGGUACGCGCUGCAGAGCUGGCGGCCAGGCAUGAGCGGGAUGCACCCGCUGAGCAGCGGCAACGACCACAGCGAGCAAGACCUCGGCGGGCAGACGUCGAGGAUAGGCAAGGGGUCGGAUGACGGGAGCGCCGAGUUCCAUCUCGACGCGCCCGUCAUCAUCAAGAAGACAGAGUUCGUGGUCACAAGUGACCCGAGGGAGCCGGGGCUGGCGGUGUAAUUGGAUUUUACCAAGAGAGGCGGUAUAGAACAUUAUUAUUAGUAUUAUAUUAGUAUCCCAACUUUCCAACAU